AUGCCUGAUGCAUUUACUGAUAUCGCUAAAGAAAUGAAUGCUCUCAAGCCCACCAGAUAUAGUCAUGCUGAAAUAAAGAAGAUGACAAACAAGUAUGAGACCAAAUUAGGCCAAGGAGGAUAUGGGAGCGUAUUCGAGGGCAUGCUCACUAAUGGUAUCCAAGUAGCAGUUAAAGUUCUCGACAAUACAGAAGGAAGCAAUAAUGGAGAAGAAUUUGUCAAUGAAGUUGCCACUAUAGGUAGAAUUCAUCGUUUAAAUGUCGUGCGCCUCUUGGGAUUCUGCGUUGAAGGAUCUACUCGAGCUCUUAUUUACGAAUUUAUGCCAAAUAGUUCAUUAGACAAAUUCAUAUUUUCAACCGAAAAAGAUAAGACGCUGGUAAAACUUGGUUGGGCAAAACUUCAAGAAAUUGCUACCGGCAUCGCUCAUGGUAUGGAAUAUCUUCACCAAGGUUGUGAUCAGCGCAUUCUACAUUUCGAUAUCAAACCUCAAAAUAUCCUGCUAGAUCACAACUUUACUCCGAAAAUCUCCGACUUUGGUCUAGCAAAGCUAUGUACCAAAGAUACUUUUGUCACGGUUUCUAUGGCUGCUGCUAGAGGAACAAUGGGUUAUAUUGCCCCUGAAGUUUUCUCUAGAAACUUUGGUGCUGUAUCGUACAAAUCAGACGUGUAUAGUUUUGGAAUGUUGUUACUUGAAAAAGACCUAAAAUUUGAUACUGUUUAA